AUGGGAAUAACGUUUUGGCUCAACAGCAACAACACCGAAGGCUUAAAAACCGAGAAAGACUCAUCACCACUGGCUUUCAUCUGCAUUAGCUUCACUCACACAGGCUCUGAGAGAGGAAUCAUACACAGUAAACACAGAGAGAUCAUAUUACUAGACGAGAAGUUUGUGGCAAAGAUUACAGCUGUGAAAGGGAGUUUAGGGUAUCUUGAUCCAGAAUACUUCAGGACGCAACAGUUGACAGAGAAGUCGGAUGUUUAUGCUUUUGAAGCUGUUAUAAACCCGACUUUGCCUAAAGACCAGAUCAACCUUGCGGAAUGGGCUUUAAGCUGGCAAAAGCAGAGACCUAAAUCUGAAGGAAAACUACAGUCGUUGGACUAA